AGAGUGAUGAUUCACAAGUGAGAGUGAAAAAGAUAGCGUUCUACGAUUACGUCGACCUAUCCAAAUUGUGUAACCUUGUCGCUUCAGCAUCAACGACAUCAUCGCAAGUCAGCGGGCGAAAAUUGCGUUGUUCCUAACCGCAACGCUGCCUUCAACAAAAGUCAAAAAACGACGAAGAAAAAAGCAGCAAUAGCAACCGUGGAGCGAGAUAUAUUGUAUGAGUGACGAAAGCAGAACCGGGGCGUGAAAAUUGAUUUUUUCUUGGAGCUGUCAAGAGCCGCAUCACGGAAUAUACGGUAAAAGAUCGCGACUGCGGAUUACUGGCCCUCGCGAACUGUUUAUUUGCGACCGAAAUUCGUUCUGCGUGAUUCGUAAUACUUCGCACCGAAAAGGUGUCAUAUUACCCUGUGUCGUCCCUGCCGGAGUUUGCGACUGAAGUCGGAAGAAAGCUAGAAAGGCAGCCAGUAUAGAAUUUUCACGUGCAAAAAGAAAGAAGAGUGGUUUUAAGUGUGCGUAUUAGUGCUUGACUGGGGUCGUGAAUUUUAUCGAUCCAUUUGAUUAAAAAAGAAUUUUUCGUCCGUGUUCAGUGAGAAAACCCAUCGAACGGGAACGGGAGUCCCGUGGGAUUGAUUAUAGGAAGCAGCGAGUCGAAAACGCGAAAAGGCACCAAAGGAGGAAUAAGAAGCAGCGGGAAAUAACUGCGUUCUUGCAGGAGGGAUUUUUUUUUUCGAAUACGCUUUCCUUUAUUUUUUUGUUGUGUAAGGUUAUUUACUUCUCCCGGGUGGAAGAUCGUUCUAAGUUGUGGAUAGUGAAAGUUACAAUUUUGGGAAAUAGCGGUAAUAGAAGGAAGCAUGGCCAAUAAACCAGCGCAGCUGCUCACGAUCGAGCCAGCAAAUGAACUCAAAUUUAUGGGUCCAUUCUGCACAGCCGUUUCAUCCUUCAUGCGAUUAACCAACCCGACCGAUCACAAUAUUCUGUUUAAAAUCAAAACUACCGCGCCCAAAAAGUACUGCGUGCGUCCCAAUUGUGGUUUGCUGGAACCGAAAAGUACUAUCGAAAUUACCAUCAUUCUUCAACCAUUCAUCUUCGAUGCAACCGAAAAGAACAAGCACAAGUUUAUGGUCCAGUCCAUGAUCAUGCCGGAGGGCGACGUUAGUCCCGAGCAACUCUGGAAGGACGUCAGCCCAGACGAGUUGAUGGAUUCAAAGUUGCGCUGCGUGUUUGAAUUGCCGGUCGAUAACCAGAGCUCCGCGACAUCGGCUCAAGGUACCGGAUUGCCGGUGAGCUCAGCGGCAGUCAGCCAGUCGAUGAGUGCUACACCGAAUAGGAACGAAUCGGGAUUAGCCUCGAUGGAGCCACAACACGCCGGCAACUUGAACAACGACGAGGAAAAGCUGUCAGAUUCGAGGUUGGUGCAGGAGCUGAAGAAACUGCGAGAAGCCGAAAGUGAACUGCGCCACGAGAAUCUUCUGCUGAAGGAACGAAUACUACGAAUGCGAAUGGACGCUGACAACAUCGACAAGGAAGCCCAGCAGCAGUCGCUAUCGUCCGGCUCGAGCGGUAUCGGUUCAUCGCUAGCUGCCGGGAGCGGUUCUUCCGGUGCGGCGGCAGCUGCCCAGUACCAGAACCUUUACAGUCCGCCCCAGCUGGCCAACCAGCAGCAGAUCCCCAUCAUGUUUGUGGUCGCGGCGAUCGCAAUGGCUGUAUUCGGGUUGAUUCUCGGUAAGUUUGUACUCUGAACGCUGAAUGAUAGCAACCGCAGCAACAUCAGUAGCAGCGACGGCAAUGAUAAUAAGCUAAACUAAAACAAAACAAAAUUUAAAUUACUAUUCAGAAGAAUAAACGGGAGCAGUUAUGUGCGUAAAGAUUCGAAGCAAAAUAAAAUGGGGAAAUUGUUACGGAAAAGGUAAGCAGUGUGCUAUAAUAAAAGCAGUUAUAAAUGAGAAAAACUAGCAGUGAACUAAUAAAACUACACAUAAUUAAAGCAACAAAAAAAGAAACUAUAGAGAAAAACGAGGAUCAAUGUCAAAAAGCGUACGUUUAGACACGGUUACAGUUUAGGAUAAAGCGAAAAGCUUCAGCGUGAGAACAUUAAUGAAAAAAAGCAAAAUAAAAAUUAUUUAUGAGAAGAACUGCAUUGUUUAAAAAUCAAACAAAUUAUAGUCUGCUGGUGGCAGGUUCCAUAAGAAAAUGUAUUUAUCCUAAAUAAUACCAAGUAACAAUUCAACAACAACAAAACAACUGUCGGAGAAGAGAGAAAGUCACAGGAAAUGAACAAUUAGUUAUCCACUCUUCUUGUUGAUGAGUUCAGCAAUGGUAUUAAAGGUCUCGUUUCGGUUUUGGUAAAAUCUGGACAAACACCCCCCCCAUAAACACAAACAAAUUAUUCAGAAUGAAACGAUAUUCUCGCUUAGAGGUAGAAUAAAUUAGUUGAGCAAACAAUGCAAAGUUCAUCCCACGGUACCAGGAUUUCGAUUCGCCGUGCGGUAAACCCAAGCGCUGACUCCGUGAUCCCGAAAAACAGGACACGCGUGGAGACGGAACAGGUCGACGGUUUUUCUUUGUCAGAAUGUAAUGCAAAACAAACAAAAAAACGCUAGCAAUUAAGAAUAAUAGUAGCCUAUUAAUAUGGGAAAAGCAUGUUUGUUAUGUUAUAGUUUGAUGAGCCCAUUACCAGAAAUAAAUUACCUUGCUAGCAUAUAUAUAUAUAUAUAUAUGCAACCGAAAACUCGAUCUUUGCACCAAAACAACUCGUCAAACUGUACUAGGUAUCUUCACGGUAUUACAACUACAGCCCAAACGAAUCUGGCGCCGAUGGGAAACUAGCUUUUUUCGGUACGAUACGCAGCACUAGCUGAGCUGAGGGUGCGCAAAAUUAGCACUAUCUAGAACGUAAAACAAAUGUUAGGUGUAUACUAUCGGAAGAGGGCGCUCCCUUCUGGCGUGGAAAUUUGGCAAACAUAGAAUUCUUUGGUUUUAUGAUUGAGAAGGAAACACUGACAAAUAUAGUACAUGAAUAUAACCAUUUAUUAUUAACAAACAAAGAAAAAACAAUUACAGCGCUGCUUGCAACUACUAAACACCCCACACAAACACAUUUACAUUUAGAUAUCGAACGAAAGUGGGACAAAAGUACACUGACAAGUGACCAUUAAGAUGAAAGAACAAUCGCAGUCACAAGCCGCAAUACACACAAACAAACACACACACACUUUAAACAGCAUACCAACAAGCAUGAAAUGAAACACACUUUAGUAGAAUUGGAUUCUAAACAAAACAACAGAAUGGCACUCUUAUAUCGUACUACAUUGUGGCAAUUUCUGGAAGAGAAGCAAAACAAAACAACCAUUUCCACCAAUGUUAAAUAAUUAACGUCAUAUGUUUCAUUCGGUCGGUGUUGCUGCCGUUUAUAUAAGAGAGUCUAGGGCAUAUGAAUGCGCUCCCGGGUGCGUACGGGUCGAAAUCUUCGAUGAAACGUAGAAGGCAAACUCCGUGCGCCCUUUGAGCAAAACAGUUCAUUCAUGUAGAAUUUUAACAAAAGCAAGAAAUUGUAUGCGUUCUGUUGUAGAUUUCGUUAUUUCUUUUCUAUUUUCAUUUAAGUUCUAUCGUUAGUUCGUGUUUUCCCAUUUUGUUUACUGCGCAUUGAAGCCUUGGUCGUGGUUAUUUUGUUUUCUCUUAUUUUUAUCAUCGAAUGAAAAUGUUUCCAAUUUAUCAGGUAGUUUUUUCUUGCUCUUUUGCUAGCGUUCAAAAUCUAUUCGAGAAAUAAAUAAUGGAAUAAUGUAAAA